AUGCCGUCAACCGACGAUCCUGGCGACGACUUCCCCAUGCUCAGCGAAGAUUUCGUCAAUUUCAAUGGCAUGCCUCAGAACCUCGACGACUUCGACUUCGCCGCAGACGACUUCCUCAACUUUGCUCAGAGCAACGACUCCCAGCCCAAGGGACAGGGCCUACUACAGCCCACUACAGACAGCACCCUUCCGUCCAACCUCUCGCCCACUGCAUCCGAUCAAGACUCUGCUUCCGACUCCUCAAGGUCCACCAACGCCAUGAACAACGGGGACGGCGAUGUCGACAUGGCAUUGUUCGAGAAGUCGUCCCGCGAGGGGUUUGGUGACUUCGAUUUCAACAGUAUGUCGUCCAUGUACGAGCAGAACACCAUCAACCCGGCCAUGAUCGACCAGCCCAUGGGUGGUAGUUACACAUCGUUUGGCCGCAAUGCUGCGUCACCCCCCAGGUUCGACUCUUCCAGCCCCUCGGACUUCAACUCGAGUCCCGGUACCCUGAACGAUCACGAAGACGAGGUUCCUGCAGAUAGAAAGCCACCCCGGCUGUCGACGCGGCCUCAGGCUGGUCAUGCUCGCAGGAAGCGGCAUUCUCAGCAGUCCUCUUCAGCCAAGUCUGUGAAUGGGCUAUCAACCGCUGGCUCUAGAGAAGCCUCGCCCAUGUCACAACAGAUGGUCUUCAGCCAGGGCUCUUCCCCGUUCGCUCUUACCGAUAUGGCAUCGCUUGAGUCUCGUCUUGGACCGCAGGGCAACCCGCCCAACGGGAGCUGGUUCAACGUGCCAUGGCAGCGCUCAUCAAUAGACGAAGCUACCUCUGAAGGCCCCAGCAGUGCUCGUUCCCCCUUUGCCGUUGUGCCGCUAAAGCAAGAGGCAUCCCCGAAGCCGACCCUGCGUCUUAUCAAUAUUCCUCCAAAGUCCCGCGUCGAAACGCAGAUGCAGGUCAAGAUGACCCUGUACCCGGUCCCUGAAGGUAUCAAGAAGAUCCAUCUCCCGCGGUACACCAUCGGCAAGCCCAAGUUCCUGGCCAAGGCCGCGAAGCUCUCGCCGGAUACUCUGGAGCUGUCCACCCAGCUCGUCUGCACGAGUGCCAUGGCUAAGCCGCAGGCGAGGGAGAAGGCCUUGGCACGUGCUGCUGCUUCUGCCCAUCCGUCCAAGGACAGCUCUGAUGCGGGUGAAGAAAAGACAGGGGAUGGCGGCGAGGUCCGCAUCUGCAAUGGCUGUAUCACUCGGGAGCAGAAGCGUGCCAACCGAAAAAAGACCAAGAAGCCCGCUGAAGACGAGGAGUGGAAGCACUUCGAGGCGCAGAGGGUCGUUGUGUUCAACACGCAUGAGAUCAAGGAUCUCACAGAUGCCAACGAUCCAGACGCCCCAGGGACCAUGAUCAUCGACACGCCGAUGCGGAUUGCCUGUUACUGCCGUCAUCACCACGAGAAGACUGGUUUCCAGGUCAUCUUUACACUCAAGAAUCACCUGGGCCGGCUGGUUACUCAGCUUUUAUCACCAUCCAUCAUGAUCACGGACGACCACAAGACACCACACUCUAAUCCUCACCCCAGCGGUAGAAUUGAGAGCGCAAACGCGCCCGCCUUGGCGAAUUCAAACUCAUCUGGUAUCAACGAUAUGAACGCCAUCCAGCCAGGACACCCAUUCCGACAAUCACAGUCGACAUCCGAUAUUCAGGCUCUCAAACGCAGUGCCAGUGACCUCGUACCAACAGCAGUGGGACCUGCAGCCUCUUCGAUCGGCACGUCAGCUGUCCCCACCCCACGCAACCUGUCAAGGCCGCCCUCGCCUAGUGCAGCAGGUCCCUCGGCGAAGAAGAGGAAGUCGAGCGGUAGCAAGAUACCCACGACCUUGCACAUGACACCCAUCGAGACGGCUGCUUUUGCUCCACCGCCGCCCAGCAAUUUACAGAACGGCCAGGUUGGCCCGCCGCCUGCGUCCGUCUCUCCCUUCUCGUCUUCACCUUACUCUGCGCCAACCUCCAACCCAUUUUUCGAUGCGUCAUCCCCUCCUUUCGGUCAGGUCACUCAGCCCGCCGGCACGCUGUUUCCCGCCCAACCCCGGACGCCCAACGGCAACGAACAGGCUGUUCUCCAGCCUGGUUCAAGCAGGCCUGUCCAGAUGGACAAUAAUGUCAACGUCAUGCAGCCCAUGUUCUCGGCCCCUGCUUCGGCUCAAAACAGCAGAGCACCAAGCCCUAACUCCCUCAUCAACGGCACGCUGCAUCAACAACAGCCGAACCAGCUCGGCCAGGCACCUCAGCUGUUGACCAGUGGCCUCACCAUGACAGCACCAUUCACAAGCACAGGCGCAGUCCCAGCGGUGCUCAAAGUUAUUCCCAUGGAAGGACCAAUCACGGGAAAUAUCGACGUCAGCAUUCUGGGAUCCGGAUUCCGACAAGGCCAAGACAUUUACUUCGGCGACAAGAAGGCCAUCACAACCACCUACUGGGCUGACUCUUCAAUCACCUGCAUUCUGCCGCCGGCUGAGCAUCCAGGCUAUGUGAAUGUCUCUGUGAGAGGACCGAAUGGUCAGAUGCAGUCGCUCCUCACCCGACAGUCUAGCUUCGUGUACAAGGAUGACAGGCAGGAGGCGCUCGUGCAUCUCGCCCUCGGCGUCAUUUCUCAGAAGUUGACAGGAAGCACCGGUGAUGUCCAGGGACUCGUUCAGCAGAUUGUCAAUGGUGCGAACAGCAUCAAUGGCGGUGCCUUUAACGGUGCAGGCGACGGCGGCUACAACGGCGGCCCGCAGGGCUAUGGCGUGAACCUCGAGCCUCAGCUUCUGAAGGUCCUUGAUCUUCUGGACCUGGACGACAGUAUGAACAAGACCAAGUUCAACCUGAAGAGAAAGGCCACAGGACAUACGAUGCUCCACCUAUCUAUCGCCCUUGGUUUCCACCGGUUCACGGCCGGCCUGCUUGCCAGAGGCGCCAACCCGAAUGUCCAAGACAGGUUGGGCUUUAGCCCGUUACAUUACGCGGCGCUAUAUGACCACCCUGAAUUGGUGAGGCGCCUCAUCCAACACAAGGCCGAUCCUACGCUCAAGACUGUGCAAGGCCAACUGGCCUCGGAUGUCGCCAGAACGCGGGAUGUCAUCCGCGCCAUCAAGCGCGCUGGUAGGCGGGGCAGCACCCUUCACAGCCGCGCCAGCAGCGCGACGUCUCUGCGCUCCUUCUGGGAACCACCCAGGACACAACCCGCUGCUCCCAACGAGUACUCAUGCAGCGACACAUCAACCGAGUCGGAUGAAGUUGAGGCAUCGACCUCCGAGGGUGACCUCGAAGACGAGGAUGCACAUCUGCAAAUGGCCUUCCGGGGUUGUCACAAUCGUGAGGUGGUCUCUUCUCGGGCAUCCUUGGUCGACCUACCGCAGGUUGAGGAGCAGGGCGGCAUGGCGUCCGCUGCUGUUGCGAUUGCAGCCUUCAGGGAGCAAAUCCAGCAGUUCCAGCACAGCAUGAUGCAGAACCUGUCACACAUCCAGAUGCCCAACAUGGCGGCCCUGCAUGACUAUCAGGCAUACUUGAACUCGGCGCAGCAACGCAUGUCAGCAUUCAUCCCCAACAUCGGUUCCUCUUUGAUCCCGUCUCCGGCUCUUCCACCAGCCUACGAGGACCUCUUCCCUGGUGGCAAGCGAGACGGCAAGGGCGCAUCCACACAACAGGGCGACCUAGACACCAAGACUGCGUCUGCGGCGCGCGCCGCAGCCGACUACGAGGCGGACAGAAAGUGCGCAACGCUGUACGACCAGCAGCAGGAGAUGCAGCAGGCAGAACGGAACACGCAGACGGCAGCUGGCAGGCAGGUCGAGGAGAAGCAGAUCCAGAGGCAGCUGCCGAAGCUCCUGCAGAUCGGUCGCAAGAACAACAUCACCAAGGAGCAGCAGGACAAUCUGCGCCAGGCACGUGCUGAGAAACAAAAGAGCUUGAGCAGGGAUCCGAAGCUCUUCCUCUUCUGGAUCCCACUCCUGUUCUUGAUCUGCUUCAGGGUCUUUUACAGCUACUUCCCUGGGCCUUUUGAUGCCGCCUGGACGUCCGUUGCUUCUUCAUGGAAGCAGCCCGCUCAGGGCACUGUCCUUGGGGAGGUGAACUAG